AGAGGAUGUGGAUGAAUGUGGAAUUCACUGUUACCUUUUGGACAUCUCUGGGAAAAAGAAGAAAUUAAAUGAGAAAGACUGAGGGUGCAACCCUAAAAGCAAUACAGAAGACUUCUUUACAAGGACAUGACCAACUCUAGCACUGUUACAACAUUUCUUCUUCUGGGUUUCUCUGACUCUUGGGAACAAAAUAUAUGGUAUUUCAUUCUUUUAUUAGUGGUUUACUUGGCAGCUCUGACAGCAAACUUCCUCAUCAUUUCAGCUGUUUCUACAGACCAGCACUUACAUACUCCCAUGUACUUUUUCCUGGUGAAUUUAUCUGUUGUUGAUCUGGGAUGCAUAUCUGUCACCAUCCCGAAUGCCAUGAUUAAUUCUCUCUUCAACACCUGGGAGAUUUCAUAUUCUGGAUGUGUAGCACAGGUGUAUUCCUUGUUCUUUUUCUUGAUAGUAGACUUUUUCCUCCUCACAGACAUGGCCUAUGAUAGAUACGUUGCCAUCUGUGACCCGCUGCACUAUGAGACAGUGAUGGAUAGAACAGUCUGCAUCAAAAUGGCAGCCAGCGCAUGGGCUGCUGGUCUUCUUUACUCAGGUUUACAUACUGGUAGUACUUUUGCCAUCACCUUCUGCUCCAAUGUCAUCAACCAGUUCUUCUGUGAGAUCCCACAGCUACUAAAACUAUCAUGUGACAAUCUGUACCUUAUUGAAGUUGGAGUUCUUGUUUUCGGUGUGUUUGUAAUCUUCCCUUGUUUUGGUUUCAUAAUUGUUUCAUACGUGUACAUUUUCAAGUCAGUGCUCAAAAUCCCUACCACACAGGGAAGGAACAAAGCUUUCUCAACAUGUAUACCUCACCUUACUGUGGUCUCGUUGUUUGUCAGUACCGGAAGCUUUGCUUAUCUGAAGCCAAACUCACAAUCCUCUUCAGAUCUGGACUUGAUGUUUGCUAUCCUGUAUUCUGUGGUUCCUCCACUGAUGAAUCCAAUCAUCUAUACAAUGAGGAACAGGGACAUCAAAACUGCCAUUUGGAAAAUGAUUGAUUGUGGCAAUUUUUCCGAAAGAAAAGCAAGGUUUUCCCCAACAAUCUGA